AAAAUCCUGAUAAACUACUAAGAGUAAUAAAGAAAAAACAAGUAGAAUUUGUAUUAAAGACCCUGCAUGAAGAUCCUGUCUCUGGACAUUUGGGCGAAAAUAUCACUAUUGAAAAAGCAAAAGCCUGA